AUGCUCUAAGUUUAAAUCAAAUUAUAAGAACUUACAUUGGAAUAGGAUGAUGAUUAAUUAUUUAAAGAUUUAAAUUAAGUUAAUUCAUAAAAUUUUGAUGAUGGUGUUGAUUAAUCAGAUGAUACUGAUGAUGACUUUUUAGAUUGUUUUAGAUGUAAUUAAUUAUGAUUAAUUGAUAGAUUCUGUUAUCAUAUCUCCAAUAUAAUAAUAAUAGAAACAAUAUUCUUUGUAGCCACAAUUUAAUUUAGAUUACUUAAUAAAUCCUUUAUGUAUAAAGCAUGAUGCAAGAACAACUUUAAUGUUGAAGAAUAUACCUUUGGAGUAUAGUUUAAAAGAUUUGAUUAUUGAAGUUGAUGCUUUUGUAAAAGGAAAGUAUAACUAUUUAUAUAUGCCAUAUGAUUAGAUUGUAAAGUUUAUUAUUCUAAUUAAGAAAAACUGUAAUAUCGGCUAUGCCUUCAUAAACAUAAUAACGAAAGAUGCCAUUGAAUAUUUCUAUAAAAAAUUUGAUUCAAAGAGAUGGAAUCUUAAUCCAAAUAAAAUAUGCACUCUUCGUUAUGCAAAGAAUUAAUUAAAUUAUUAUUGA